AUGAUCUUACGGUCACCCUGAUGUGACCUAGCAUGCAGUGCAGUAGUUUGUUCUUGUACAAACAUGUGCGCGCGUAUUCAACUCAAAAUUAACUUGUCGAAGACGGUGUAAUCCAUAAACAGAGAAGUACAAAAUGCACGUUUGUUCGGUGUUACACUGCAGACACCGGAGUCGAAAAAGAGACAAAGGUGUCUCGUUUUACAAGCUGCCUUCCGUUCUGAAGCACCAGGGGUCGCAAACCGAAGAACUCAGCCGUCGGCGCAGGGCGAGGUGGUUGGCCAACAUCGGCAGGGAGGAUUUGCUCGCAAAAGAGGCGACACAGACGUCAACUUUGGUUCACUUACGAGUAUGUGGUGACCACUUCAUCAGUGGAAAGCCGUCGACUUUGUACAGUCCCGCCAGCCCAGACUGGGCACCCACUCUGAAUAUGGGACACAGUAACCCUGUCGCAGGAGGGCAAACCAACCUGGUCCCCUUCAUGUUUCAGUCGCAGGGACCGAGCUUUGUAGCGAUUCCAUCGGUGCCAACAACAACAGAGAAAGGACGACAGUUUGCAGUCCCGAUGUUAAAUCACCAGAACGUCUCCACCUUACAGCACCCAAUCAGCGUGGAUCACAACUACCAUGUCAUGGAGCAAACUCAGCUCCCCUCCGGCAUGUUUGUAGUAUCCAGACCAGAAAUGCAGAGUGCUGGAACAGUGGCACCAAUAGUACCCAUCAGUAUGGAAGGAGCUGUGGCAAACAGAAGUUCCGUAAACGAGGGUGCUCCAACAAACGCCACUGCUACUCAGACUGGCUUAACUAAGCUACAAAUAAAGCAGAACGAUGACGAGAUGCUGUACCUCAGACAUGAGCUCUAUAAACUGCGAGAGGAGAAAGCUAGCAGCGUACUUGAUGAGUUAGCUUUCCAAAAUGAUGAAUACAAGGUUAAGUUCUACACGGGCCUGCCCAGCUUACGCUUACUCAUGACUUUCUUGGAGUUCAUCUCGCCCCACAUUACGUCUUCAAACAGGAACUCCCUGACCAAGUUCCAGGAAUUUGUGAUGGUGCUGAUGCGACUUCGUCGCAACCUGCCGCUGCAGGAUCUGGGAUACAGAUUCAACGUCGCGUCCUCCACAGCCAGCCGUUUGUUUGAAAGGUGGAUAGACACAAUGGCUGUGAGGCUACAACAUCUCAUCAUGUUCCCGGAACAUACUGUUAUGGAUAGUCGCAUCAGUAGGGAGUUUGCGACAGUGUUGGGCGACUACAGGGAACCCAUCUUCGUGCACUGCAUUGAACUGUUUCUUGAUUGGCCUAGGAGUUGGGUCAAGAAGUCAAAUCGUAAGACCCCAGAGUCAGUGAAGUUUCUAAUCGGCUUGAGUCCCUGUGGCCUGAUAGGUUUUGUUUCGAAGGUGUGGAUGGGGAAAGACACUCCUCGUUAUCAGUCGCAACUAAUAGAAAAGAGCGGAAUUGUUGAACUUUUGCACCACAACGACGUUGUGUUGUCAGUCCCGGAGUUCGACUUCUCCGAGUCUGGACUGUAUGUUGCCAGAGUUAUACAACCAGAUGUUGCUGACGAAGAGAAGCAACUGUCUGUCCUCGAGUUCAGCAAAGAAGGCACCAAGAGGAUCGCGGGAUUUGUCAGAGUUCAAACGGAGAGUGUGGUUCGAGCGUUGAGACAGAAAUACACGUUUUUGGAUGGAAAGGUCAACGCUGAACUUGUGAAGCCCAGAAACGGCCAGCCGGAAUCACUCAUGGAUAAAGUUGUGCGAGUGUGCUGCAGUUUGACAAAUACAUGCGCCCCUAGCUCACCUCAGUGUUCAACGUUACGGACAAAACUGAAAGGGAAUUAUGAGUUAUUGGGGGACAAGAAGAACAAAAGUCAAGACUGGCAAUAUAAAGAUACAACAUAGACGGUUGUUCUUAUAAUGCGCCUAUCAAAUGUUUUAUUGACUCCAACUCGCACAUGUGACUUGUCCCUGUUAACUCAGGCAUGCGCACCCAAACCAACGAAUCCGCAUUCCAGAGUCAGAGUUCACACAACACCUGCCUACAUGUACUGUACUUAUAAAGAUGUAAAUUCAAUAGUGUUCAAUGGCUGGGUUUUACGCAAAUCCACCUGCAUGCCUGAGUACCGGGUAAAUCCAUGUCACUUUACUUCCACCAAAAUUGAGCAACAUGUUCCCAGACUGGUAUACACACAUGUCAUUGAAGUAAUUUAUUUCCUGCAUUGAUAUGGGUUUCGCAAACGGGAAGUUAUUUCUGGAGUACAAAGAAACCAACUCCACCCUUUAGGCAAAUCCGCACGAUGUAUUGAUAUAUGUUGCAUUGUACCAUGUCUUCCUGAAAGGCUCUUUCAAUUGCAGGAAAGGGGCUUUGUAACAUAGCUAAAGAAAAAAAGUUAAUACACAACAUUUGCUUUUGCUGUAACUUUCAGAAAUCGAUGGACUAACAAAAUGAUGGAUUUGUUGGUUAGUAUUUUAAAAACAGCACUGGUCUCAUCCUGGUCUCAUCCUUCGUAAUCUUCUACUCAAAAUACAGGUAUUCUUUCACAUCGCCCAUCCCAGUCAUCAAUAUUCCCUUGACCUAGCCAAGCAAUCGUUAUUCCCUGGUUUAUGCUUUUCUUGUUAUGCUUUUCUUGUUAUGCUAAAUUGUUAAUUAUUUAAUUUGUCAAUUUGUCUCUUACUUCUACAUUAA